AUGGGCUUCGCCAGCAGCUCUGCAGAUCAAUGCGGCGCUGCCGCCAUCCUCAAAUCCAUCAUUUUCUGGAUGCUAAUCUCAGCCGUCGGGCUAGCCGAGGCCUCAAUUCACAUCUACGACCGAGUUCCGUUUCGAGAAGUAGGCAGUGCUUUUCUCGUCUCCGGUGGAAGUGAAGGCAUCGCCGGCGCUGACAGCAGCAGUCGCUCAUAUAUUCGAUUCGAGAACGUGACUUUCUGGAGGAGUAAAGAAGACGCAAACCGUCACCCCUCUCUUGCAUACAAUGGUGGGCUUGUUCAAGUUAUUAUUUUUGAGGCGUCUGAUCGUGACAAUAUUGGUGGAUCGGCUUAUGGUGGGCAGAGAUCAAUAUGUUGCACGCCCGAUCUUGCCAAAUUGGAAGGUUGCAAACAAGGAGAAGUAAUAAGAACACCAUCGGCAAGCGAUAAAAACUGGCCGGUUGUCAUAAAUGUUUAUUUCAGAGGAAACAUGCUAUCGACCCAUAUGAAAAAGAGUAAAGAAGUCAACAUCAAGAAGACGGGGAUGUACAAUUUAUUCUUCAUAACAUGCGAUCCAAAACUCAAGGACAUGAGGGUGACUGGGCGGACCGUGUGGAAAAACCCUAGUGGCUAUUUGCCCGGUCGGAUGUCUCCCCUCAUGAAGUUUUACGUAUUUAUGUCAAUUGCUUAUGCGAUUCUUUGUGGUGUAUGGGUUUUCCAGUACGUUAGGUAUUGGGACGACGUUUUGCUGCUACAACACUGCAUAACUUCUGUCAUUGCUCUUGGAUUAUUGGAGAUGACUUUUUGGUACUUUGACUUUGCGUAUUUUAAUAGCAUGGGGGUGAGGCCCAUUGGAAUCACGGCAUGGGUUGUGACAAUUGGUUCUGUGCGAAAAACUAUUUCUCGAAUCCUUAUUCUUUCUGUUGCAAUGGGCUAUGGCGUUGUUCGGCCGACUCUCGGUGGCUUGACCGUAAAAGUGCUUCUCGUUGGAAUCACUUAUUUCCUGGCGACCGAAAUGCUUAAUAUUGCAGAAAAUGUGGGGAGCAUAAAUGACAUUGCAGGACGGGCAAGGGUCUUUUUUGUUGUCCCGGUUGCAUUUUUGGAUGCCUUUUUUAUUCUAUGGAUUUUCACUUCUCUUUCAAAAACACUAGAACAACUUCAGGCUAAACGGAGUUCUAUCAAAUUGGAUAUAUACAGAAAAUUCUCGAAUGCACUGGCACUUACUGUUGUUGCCUCAGUUGUAUGGAUAGGAUAUGAGCUUUAUUUCAAAGCAACAGAUCCCUUCAAUGAAAGGUGGCGGAAUGCUUGGAUUAUCACAGCCUUUUGGGAUGUUCUAGCAUUUGCUUUGCUCUGUGUUAUCUGCUACCUCUGGGCCCCAUCACAAAGCUCCCAACGGUAUGCGUACAUGGACAAUAAGGGAGAUGAGACAGAUGACGAAGAAACUGAAUCGUUGUGCAGAGAAACUUCCAAAGGUAGUAUUAGUUUAGUCAAGCAAGGCCAAGAUGAUCGAAACAACGGCAACACGUCUGAUUCAGAAGAAUCAGAGGAAGGCAAGAGAGAGUGA